CGAUGGCAGCAGAAAACGGUGGUGAACUGGCGAAGCAAUUUAGCAAAGACGACGACGACGAUCAACUAUGCGCGCACAGCGCGCACAUUAGGGAUAAUAGGGAUUAGGGUUUCCGUUGUAUCGCCCCCGAUCCCGAUGUUAUGUCGUUUGUUAUCGCGAUUCGCGACGUCGCGAGCUUGGUGAAUGUUGUAUGCCGGCCGCGGCCGCGACACGCCGCACCUCUCAAAGAGAUAUAAAAGCGCCUGUCGUGCACGUAUUUACGUAUAUCCGUACACGAGCAAGUAUAGCAUCCAACAUCCAACCUUUCCCCCGCGUUCUGAGUUCUGACUUCUGACUCUGACUACUUGACUAGCGACUAGCGACUAGCGACUAGCGACUACCGUGAGACGAACAUAACCUCCUCUUCCGAGGUUCCGAGCAGUUUACGCAACGCACGGCGCACGGCACGGAUUCUCUCAUUCUGAAAGCAAGGAUUCUCUCUCGCUCAGGGGCGACGCUCGCGCAACGAUCCUGCGAUUCCCGCGAAUCUGCUAAUUCGCUUAGAACGGGAAGCAAUAGGCGGUGACCUGUGGUGAUCAUGAUGAGUGUUCGACAACGAUAAUGUCAAAUUGAAGCGUCCUUGAGUUGAAUAUGUCGUUUACCAGUGAGCUAGAUGUUUGUGAAGCAGUCAUGUCCCAUCGAAUAAUGACCAAGGCUAACUUUAUGGAGAGCGAAUCGGAACACAGCGCAGCUCUGUUAAAGCAAGAUAGUACCGGGGAAAGUGCGAUUGUCAAUGAGGAAAUACACAUACACAUUAUGAAUACGAAUGGACGUUUGACAGACAAAGCCAAUCACCAGACAGAGUCUACUACGUAUUUUGAGGAGAGUCUCGAAAGUUGUGACGACAUGGCCACCAGAUUCGACGAGUCCAUACGUACUGUUCCAUUGUCGGAGACGUCGUCGAUCGCCGAGAAAUGGGAUUCUGAAAAUGUUCAAGCAUCUCUUUUGAAGGAAAACGAGUCCGAGGAACAAGAAGAUGACGAGGAGACAAUCGCCACUUUUGUCACCGCGGCCGGACAACAGCUGGCUCUGUAUGCCGUGGAAGACUCGGACGAGAUAUUUGCCGUGGCUGUUUACGACGAGUCCGACGAACCUCCGAGUAACUUUCAGUUUCUUAUGAAAGCAGAUGUGGAACGUCUAAUAGGUGAGGGUGCCGUGCGAACGGUGAAGAAACCAUCGCAGAUGAAGAAACGGGUGUUUACUGCCCAACCGCCAAUGUUUUAUCGCAAGGAGGAAUCUGAAGUAAAUGACAAGACGUCUACCUGCGAUACCUGCGACACAUCAGUCAACACUAAGAAGGCCGUUGCACAGGAAGAGAACGGAAUAGGACACGAUUAUGAAACUUACCAAAACUAUAGCAACUUUAAGAUUAGUUCAAAGCCUAGUGAUAGCGUUCAGGCAUCUGUCGACGAACAAUCGGAUAUUACAAGUCUCAUAACGGACGACAAUAUGGAUAAUAUUGUGAAUAUCGAUAAGCAACCGGAUGAAUGUCAAGAUAAUCUCGAAUUUGAGGACGAGUUGAUGGAGCAUUCAACAGUACAAUAUAUCCUCUUAGAAGCUGAUCAUCAGUCUGACUCAGAGUUGACGUUUGACGAGAUCCAGGCGACAUUGCAGAAUAUGAAGGUUUCCCGCAAGAAAUCAUUGGAAACGAACGACAAAAAGUCCGAAAAAUUGCAAGACGAUAAGUCAAAUAUCCAGGAAGAUUGUGCGUCUUUGAUGAAGGCUAAAUCAUCGUUAAAUGAAGACGCGGAUAAACUUGAAUCUUACGUGUCAUCGCAUUCGACGAUCGACCGAACAUGCACUUCCGUCUCAGAGAACGAUCGGCAGCGAUUAAUCGACACAUUGACCGAUUUGCCAUCGUCGACAACGGCGACCACUCCGCAGACGCCACUAAAGGUCAAACGAUCGCGGAAGCAGCAAUUGAUCUCCGUCGAUCGGGAUGACGGAGAGAUCAUCAUACAGCCGGCAUCGAUGUUGAAUGAGGAACUGACCGGCAAGAAGCGUAUCACUCGGCGACGCCAGUUGUCAUCGCAGAUACGUGUCGAUGUAACCAAAGCAAAGAGAAUUAAACGGACAAAACGAAUUAAGCGAACGAAGCGGCGGAAGGUCGUGGAGGUGAUCGACCUGGAUGUCGACGAAGAAGAGCAACAAAUGACACGCAACGUGGUGGAGAUCACUCUGGAUGAUAACAAGGACAAGUAUUCCAGCGACAAAGAGAACGAAAUUAUCAUGGUGAGGGAUUCGGAUUCCGAUGACAGUGAUGACGAGGAAGAAGAGGAAGAGGAGAACGUUAAAUGGCAGCCCGGUGGACAUUUGACGAAGCUCAAUAGUGUAAUACGUUGCGAGUAUUGUUCUAGAAACUUUCGGUACCGACGUACUCUCAAAAUGCAUCUCUUGGUGUGUCAGAAAUCGCCAACGAAAGCUCUCAAUCUCGGCAAGAGAAAACCAAAGGGUAAAGAAAAUCAGAAAGUCAAAAAGCAGUAUCCCUGCAAAAUCUGCCAGGAGAAGUUUGACGUGGCUGUUACCUUGGCGCGUCACGUUCGCUUAGUGCACUUGCAGAGGAAGAAGCACAAGUUGAGCCUCUCUUCAGCAAUAACUCCGAGCAAAUCCUUGAGAUCAGUUCAACGGAAGGAAACAACUUCAACGGAAGAGGAGGAAUCGGUUGACGAAGACAACGCGACAAAGAGAGAACUCAGCAUGCUCACCAGAGUGAAGAGAAAACGGAAGCAAAGGAAUAAAUACCCGUUAGAGACGAAAAAGCUCGAUUGCACGGACUGCGGCAGGUGGUUCCCAAGUACAGCUCUACUAGAUGCGCACAGUUUGCAACAUGGCACUAAGAAAUCAGAGCACGUACGCAAGUGCCACAUCUGUAAGAAGCUCAUCAAGUCCAGAUUGCUAUUUCUGCGACAUUUGAAAAUGCACAACGAUACCCAGCGCAACUCUGGCAGCUCGUCCAGAAUGCUGCGACGGAAGCUGCGCGCCCGGCCGAGCACACGUAAAAUCGCAUCACCCCGCAAACGAGGUCGACCGAGGAAGUUCUGAUCUCUCUCGCUCGCGAGCACGAUGUAUAAUACUAUACUCAUACCAUCACCAUCACUCGGAAUUUGUUAAUCCGUUUCCUUUUUCUAAAUAAUGCUCUGUCAUUUUUUCACCAGAGAUGACGUAACUUUUACGAUAAGACAUUAGCUUAAAUGUAAAUAGCAAGUAAUCCCGCAAUGUUUACAUAUCUCUCUCGUCCAUUUAUGUUCGAAACUCGCUUAUCGAGAAAUCAAGAGACUCUACAAGUCCAAACUUUGUUUUUUUUACAGUCUGGAGUUGUUUGCGGUUGUACUUUGCGAUGAGCAAAAUUUUCAAGAGACUUCAAAAUCAUUUAUUAAAAAAUUAAGAAAUUUUAAUUUCAAUAUUUUAUGGGGAGAAUUAUUGAUAACAUAAGUUGAAAGUAAAGAUUUCUUUUGGAUAUUGUAAUAAAUCUAUUUUCUAAAAAAUUUUUAGCUACGAUCCGUUGCUUCGAAAUACUUAUAGACACUCCAGGAUCUUGUUGAGAGAUCUCUGAUUAACAUCCACUACAUGCAAUUAAGUGCCAGCGGAUCUUUGUAAAUAAAAUGACACGCGGUAGGUUUGUUAGAAGUUUGGCGAUACAAUUUGUGUAUAUACAUAUAUAUAUGUACACUAAUUAAUAAGGAUACGUUGGUAAUAACAAGACGUAAGGUCGCGUGUAUAAACGUUGCGAUAUAUACACUGUAUUCGCCCUUACUUUGUCUAAAAUGCAAUAAAAUGAUGAAACAAGGCUGUGAA